ACAUUUUUCUUUCUUCCUUACCUAAGUUUCUUUGUGAUCAGUCAUUUGCUUUCUAACUAAUUUCUCUCCUAAACCUUCUCUUAACCAGGUUUUAAUGACUGCUACAUUAUUUCAACAUUUUUUCAUAUUAUUUCCCUUUUCUCAUCAUUUUACUCCAUUUUUCUUCCCCAUUCCAAAUCCCACAAGACAGGAUGGCCAACAGGAGAAGAUCAUCUUCCCUACAUCUCCUCGGCCUCCUGUCUCUCUAUCUCUUCCAUCACCUCCAUGUCAUCGCCGGCUCCGGCGCCGUCACCGGCGGUGGAAUCGGAAUAGGUGCAACCCCUAUUCGGGUGGGUAUCAAACCCGACCAUCAAGAAGUUCCCCUCUUCAGAGAAGCUCAAGCUUUUAGAAAUGGAGAAUCUUGUCCGGUACCCAGUACUCAAUCCCAAGUCCACGUGGCAAUGACCCUUGAUGCAAAUUACCUCCGAGGAACAAUGGCCGCGGUCUUCUCCGUCCUCAAACAUUCAACCUGCCCAGAAAAUGUUGUCUUCCAUUUUCUCUGGUCACGUUUUAAUCCAGAGAUUUCAUCUAGCAUCAAGACAACAUUUCCUUACCUUUCCUUCAAACUAUAUCAGUUUCAAUCUAACCGUGUUCGUGGCAAGAUAUCGAAAUCAAUUCGUCAAGCUUUAGAUCAACCAUUAAACUACGCCAGGAUUUACCUCGCCGACAUACUUCCCGACCAUGUUAAUCGCGUGAUUUACCUCGAUUCAGAUCUUGUCGUUGUCGACGAUAUUAACAAGUUAUGGGAUGUCAAUUUAGAAGACAGGGUUCUAGCUGCGCCAGAGUAUUGCCAUGCAAAUUUCACCAAAUACUUCACCGAUGCUUUUUGGUCGGACAAAUCGCUGGUGUCGACGUUUUCAGGUAGGAGACCGUGUUAUUUCAACACCGGCGUGAUGGUGGUUGAUGUAAACAAAUGGCGGCGAGGAAUGUAUACACAGAAAGUGGAAAGUUGGAUGGCGGUUCAGAAGAAGAAGAGGAUUUAUCAAUUGGGUUCAUUACCACCAUUUUUGUUGGUUUUGGCUGGGAAUAUUAAAGCGAUUGAUCAUCGAUGGAAUCAACAUGGAUUGGGUGGAGAUAAUUUGGAAGGAAGAUGUCGGAAACUUCAUCCAGGUCCGAUUAGUCUUCUUCAUUGGAGUGGAAAAGGAAAACCUUGGCUUCGUUUGGAUACUCGAAAGCCUUGUGCCGUUGAUCAUCUUUGGGCUCCUUAUGAUCUUUAUCGUUCAUCCAAACAUUCCCUUGAGGAUUGAAG